UAUGUACGUAGUCUAUUAUCGCGACGUUAACAAGAGUGUCGUAACCUCACAUACGAUUCUUUCUCUACAUCAGUCAACAUAAUUUGGUGUCUAAAACUCCGGAUAUUUCAUUAUGUCGUUGGACGAAAGAUUUAAUGAUGCGGCUACAGUGGUAAAGAAAUUGGCUGCGCAACCAGAAGAUCAAGAUUUACUCGAAUUGUAUGCAUUGUACAAGCAAUCUACCAUUGGCGACUGUAAUACAGAGAGACCGGGUAUGUUGGAUUUCAAAGGAAAAGCUAAAUGGGAUGCUUGGAACGGUAAAAAAAGUAUGGGACAAGAAACGGCGAAAGAGCAAUACAUCACUAAAGUGGAAGCAUUAAUCGCUUCGAUCGGAAAGAAGUAAUGGAUUCUCAUUAUCAAGGGUAUACGUACACAUGAAUAUUCGAACACUUGUGAUUUCAUUCGAUCAAUUAUAAAACUUGUUCACUAUUGAUGAGAAACAUUCAGAAUUUUACAAGCACAUAUGCAAAUGAUGUAUAGAUACAGUAAAUAUCGAUUUUAUUUAAUUCCGCUGAUUUAUAUGAAUUUUGUAUUCAAUGAUUUAUUGCAAUUAGCAUAAAACUAUUUGUCGCAUA